GGGUCCGCCCCGGCUUGGGCUGGGGCGGCCCUCCCCGAGACGCCUCCCCUUUCGCUUUCUUCGUUCCCUUCGCUCCGGGACUGCUUGGAUCGUGCGGCGGCGGCGUGGCAAGAUGGUGGUUUUGUCCAAGGAAUACGGCUAUGUGGUCCUGACUGGUGCUGCCAGUUUUAUUUUAGUAACUCACCUUGCAAUAAAUGUCGGGAAAGCACGCAAGAAAUAUAAUGUGGAGUACCCAAUCAUGUACAGUGCAGACCCUGAAAACGGGCACAUGUUCAACUGUAUCCAGAGGGCACAUCAGAACACGUUGGAAGUAUACCCCUCUGUCCUGUUCUUUCUUGCCACAGGUGGAGUCUAUCACCCACGUGCUGCCGCAGGACUUGGUGUAGCCUGGAUCAUCGGAAGACUGCUCUUUGCCUAUGGCUAUUACACAGGAGAUCCCAAAAAGCGUUCCCGAGGAGCCAUUGGCUCAUUUGCUCUUCUGGGCUUGGCAGGGACUGCCCUGUGUUCCGCUUUCCAGCACCUUGGCUGGAUCAACCAGAACUGUGCGUUUUCCUGAGAAGCUUCUUGGGCUUAAAAUGUUUGAGAAUGAAAUUCACUUCUGACGUGACUGACUUUUGUAAAAAAUAAAUAAAACCCAACAUGAACCAC